AUGUAUGGCAACCAACAAUACCAGAGGCCUUCUGCGCCUCCUCCAGGGAGCUCACUGCCAUUUCAGCCACCUCCGGGGCCUCCACCUCAGAUGCAGCAGCAAAGCAGAGCUAUCGACGGCAACAUGUACGGCAACAUGCAAUCACAGCCAAUCCCGGGCACAAACAUGACCCAGAACUUCCAGCUUUCGUCGUGCACAGGCAAGCGGAAAGCGCUUUUGAUCGGCAUCAACUACAUCGGCAGCAACAACGCACUUCGAGGCUGCAUCAACGACGUCAGACACAUGCAAGCGUUCUUGAUGCAGAGGGGAGGAUACAUGGAGGGCGACAUGGUCAUCCUCACGGACGACACAAACAACCCCAUGCAGGUCCCGACCAGAGAAAACAUGCUCAGAGCUAUGGAGUGGUUGGUCCGUGGCGCUGCUCCUGGAGACUCGUUGUUCUUCCACUACUCCGGCCAUGGCGGAGAGGAGAAGGACCUGGACGGUGACGAGGUCGACGGCAUGGACGAGUGCAUCUACCCGGUGGACUUCCAGCAGAGCGGGUCCAUCAUCGACGACGUGAUGCACGACAUCAUGGUCAAGCGCUUGCCGCCAGGGUGCCGGUUGACGGCCAUCUUCGACUCCUGCCACAGCGGAACCGCGCUCGACCUCCCCUUCACUUACCGGGCGCAGGACGGGGGCUUGAAGGAGUACAACAUCUGGAAGGGCACGGGGACUGACGGCGCCGAGAUCCUCAUGGGCUACGCCACGAGGAACGUCGGCAUGAUGUUCACGGGCGCCAAGUCGCUCUUCGACCGGGCGACAAACUACAAGAGCAAGAGCAAGCUGGAGGCCAUCAAGCAAAGCAAGAUGUCCCCUGCGGACGUGAUCAUGUUCUCAGGCUGCAGAGACGACCAGACCAGUGCCGACGCCAACGAGGCCGGCACCUUCACCGGCGCCAUGAGCUGGGCGUUUCUGGGAGCCAUGGCACAGCUACAACCCAACCAGCAGUACACCUAUCUCAGUCUUCUCCAGUCGGUACGGGGCAUGAUGCGCAACAGGUACACUCAGAAGCCACAACUCUCCAGUUCUCACCAGAUCGAUCCAAACGCCGUCUUCAUCUUCUGA